CGUCAUUGUGAGAAAGUCUGGGAGUGGCAGGAAGGAGGAGAGGCAGAGGAGAAAGAAGAAGAAGAAAAAGGAGGAGGAAGACGAAAACGAAGAGGUCAAGCAGCUGUACGCGAAUCAGGAUUUUCCUGAAUAUUACACAGCAUCUUUCCAUUUACGGCAGCAGUAUGGCUGAGGGCUCAGUGUCUAUAGCAGAGGUAGAGACCUCCUUCCAGAAGUUUGCAGUCCAUGGAGACACUAAGGCCAAAGGGAAGGAGAUGAACGGCAAGAACUUUGCUAAGCUUUGCAAGGACUGCAACAUCAUCGAUGGCAAGAACGUCACCACUACAGAUGUUGACAUAGUUUUCAGCAAAGUAAAGGCAAAGUCAGCUCGUGUCAUCACAUUUGAGCAGUUCAACCAGGCCCUGACAGAGUUGGCUCCCAAACGUUUUAAAGGCAAAAACAAAGAGGAAUCGCUUCAGCAGCUCUAUGGUCUCAUUGUUGGUAAGGAGCCUACCAAUGUCGGAGUCACUAAAGUGGCAAAGGCAGCAGCAGUGGACCGAUUGACUGAUACCACCAAGUACACUGGAGCGCACAAGGAGCGGUUUGACGAGUCAGGCAAAGGAAAAGGAAAGGUUGGGCGCGAAGAAAUCCCAGACAGCAGCGGCUAUGUGGGAGCUUACAAGGGCAGUGGCACUUAUGAUGAAAAAGUGAAAGAAACAUAAACAUAAUUCUGCUGAUUAUGAAACUGAAAUUUCAUUCAAUGACUUGAAUUAGGGGUGAUAAAAAAAAAAAUCAACAUAAAUUCAUUGGCUACUGUAUACAGUAUGUCUUGUGGGCCUAGCAUUAAUAACAUUUGUUGGAUCCAUGAAAAAUCAAUGAAAAAAAAAGGAUGAUUCAUUUAAAGAAACUAUUUCCUUAAAAUAAUCAAAAGAUAAUGACAAUACUUAGCUGCAGUUAGUUACAGAAAUGCAGACAUGUUUAAUGGGCCGUAGUAUGAACAACUGCUAUUGUUCUGUAUAUUUUUUAACAAUUUUACAGAAAAGAUUAAACUGUAGUUGAAACCAAGCAUGCUUUAUAGAAACUAACUCUCCUUUGUACUAUAGCUUAAUACUGUGCCUUAGUAUAAUGUAGCUGGUAGUGUGAAUGCUCUCUACAGUAAUGUGUUGCUUUUAUCACGUACCUUGAUGCAAUGGAUGAUACUUUAGCUGGUUUUCAAGAAAGGUUACUGCGUCAGUUCUCAUCCCUUGCUAAGCGUAUCACUUUAUGGUUCAGUGCCUUUUGCUAUAUGACCAAUCAGUGGCCAUUACAUGGCAUUUAUUCCUAUCAUUAAAUAAAAAUGAUAUUAACAAGAGAAAAAUAUCACAUGCAGUGAAGAACACAGAAUAAUACUGUACUGAAGAAGCUACAAUACAGAAUACAUCCUCUUUAUUCCUCAUUUUUACCUACUGACAACAUCAUGCUGCCAUUUUUAAUGCUCAUAAUGCAUAUUUUUUUCUUUAUUUAGUUGAAAGGUUGAAUCAAUUCAGAAUGUUGCUUUUCUCCCAGAAUGAUGGUCUAAAACAUGCAUUUUAAUAAAAGAAGUGAAUGUAAAAACCUAAAUCAAUAUCCAAAAAUUCACCAACAUGUUGCAGCAUUUUGCAUGCUGCAGUGUAGCAUCAAAACUCCUCUCAAAACCCAAUUUUAGACUCUGAUGUCAGCUUUAAAAGACAGUGCUGUGUGGUAUCUAAGCAAUUGUAAAAUGUAAUCAAUAUGUUAUGUUAUUGUACACACUUGUCUGUUGCAGCCAUGCUUACUUAUAAAUCUGUAGACAUUUUUUUUUAAACUCACCAAACUCUUUGUGGAGCUCAUACUGUAUAAUAGGCUACAUGAAAAACGCAAACAAAAAAAGGAGUGAAUUUACCAUAUCAGAAAAUAAAACAUUUUCUCAAGCAUGUGUUGUCAUUAAAUAACUGUUAAAAUCAAUGAAGAUUAACUCUCACCUAAGACCUGCUAAUUUCCAGAAAUAGCUGGGAUGCAAUUUCAGAACAUAAAGGGCCCUUGUAAAACUAUAAACACUUAACAUACACUUAUCUUUCUACCUGAACCCUCCUUGUAAUGUGACACUGAUGGCAAUUAUAUAGAGGAUUCAUAAGAACAAUUUUUAACAAUGUGCAUUGUGUUGUGCACAUGUUAAAAGAUACCGCCUCCAUAUCUCACACUAUAUAAGCCUGAGCUGAUAUGCAUCACAUGGGUUUUGUGUGGAUAGUGCCAUUGAAUUCCAUAAUAGCCUGCAUAUAUUCUCUGCAUUACUGGAUUCAUGAUUCACUAUGAUCACUGAUCACUAUAAUCACUCCCAAAACACAUUGAAGAAGUAAUCCAAUAAAGGAAUGCCAUAUAGAAUAA